UUGAGCUGGAUGGGAAUCAUUUGAAAAUUAAGUGAGGCUCACUUUUUCCUAUUGAUGUAAAAAAAUGUGAUCCUCAUGUUGUCAUAAAAACUGCUGGGGUGGAGAAGCAACUGGCUCACAAUAAGCAACUCCAUGAUGAAAGUUCAGAAUGGGUUUUGUUGUACCCAGAUAUGGAGUUUUAUAUUUACCAGGCACAACAGAAACAUUCUCUGUAGAAAAGUACAAGGAGUGCCUUGGCAGGCCAUGCAGUAGUGUCAAUUUGUAUCUUUGCAAGACUUUGGAUUAUGAAAUUGCUAAUGAAUUAGUUGAUGAUGUUGUGGAAGAACAAUUAGAUUUGGAAGAAAUCAGACUAACAAAGACUCAAAAUGAAUUAUUGUGCACAGAACCACAGCUUGGAAAAGAAUCACAUUCCACAGAUUUGGUUGGACUGUCAUCUAUUGAUGAUGCAAUUUUAACACCACAUGCACUAGAGAACCUCCAAAAUUGUGAUGCUUUUGAGAUGAAUACUUUCCAAGGUGAGGGCUCUGAAGGGUCUACUUUUGUCCCAGAAAGUAUGGCAAAUGAAGUUAUGGAGCGAGAAGUGUUGCUUAUUCAUCGUUGUAAUGUGAAAGCUGACUUGCUGCACUAUUUUGAAAAAGGUGAUAUUUUAAAGAAGUGUGUGGAUGUCAAGAUGAUAGAUUCCAGAGGUGUCGAGGAGAUGGGCGAAGCAGUCGGCGUUGUCAGGUAUUUUUCUUCCGUACGUAUUUGUAAGCUUAUAAUGAAAUGAAUGAAAUCACGUUAGACGAGAUUGAAAAAGUUAUUGACGAAGCUGACAGAUUGUCUCUUCUUUCUCAUUUCUUUUGGGCAAUGUUUUCAAUUCUUCAAAGUUAUAAAUCCUCGAUCAAUUUUGGUUAUCUCGUAAGUAGAUGAACAGUUAAAUAGUGUUGUUUACCGUUCGAUUUACAUCACGUUACUGAAUUUGGCUUUUUCUUUGUUGUAUUGUCGUACCGUGGUAUUGUAUCCUAAACACCAUUUGCUAUUUUAAAAAUACCAUAUCUUAUAUGGAACAUUCUACAUUGAACAAUGUUAGAAAUGUGCACCACCACUUCAUGAACUUUUUGCAUAUAGUGUGCGUUAUUUCUUUACAAACAUUUGUGUAAAUGCAUGGUCUUUUGCACUAAGUUCUUUCCAUGUGGAUUUGUUUAGAACAGAUGUUAGUCAGCAAUAAUGUCUUAUGCGUAUGUAUCAAACUUGUACAUAAUGAGCGCUAUCAUUGUGAAAAAACGUAAAAGCAACGUAA